AUGGAAUCUUUGGCUGAAUUCGAUGAUCUGGCUGUAGCGGAAGUCGUGGCUGAACUCGACGAGAAUGAUGCAGAUUUGUGGAGGCAGCUGCGCCGAAAAAGAGAUUUCGAGCUACGAGUCGAUGAAAAGCGCUUGCAGCUGCAGGAUCACCUCGCAAAGCACCAGGGUGGCCAUGUGGCGCUGAAAGAGGCCGGUGUGUCAGUCGAGCUGCUGCAAAAGGAGGUGAAGUUUGUGAAGGACCAGCACAGGGAACUUGAGCACGACCUGAUGGUUCUGAAGGAGUCGAACCGACUGUUGCAGCAAGCCUUCCAGGUCUCUUCGUCCUCACAGGCUCCUCUCUGCCAAAGCCUUCUUCGAAGCAAGGACUUUGUUGCCGAAGAACGGGCUCGCGUGGAGUCGCUACAGGUACAACAGGAACAGGUUGAGCACCUCCGGAUGCACAUAGAGAGCCUCCGAGUGGAAAAACAAAGCUUGCAGCAAAGCCAGCAGGUGCUGUUCCACAAGCAGCGCAACGCGGAGCAGGAUCGAAAUCGUCUGCUGGGAGCUCUGCAGGAUGACAGGAACAGCCUGAAUGACUUGCGGGCAGAGCGUAUUCAGCUUCUUGAACAGCGCACUUUAUUGGACAAGCAGAUGGCAGCCAUUGCCAGCCAGGUUCAUGGCAGAGCUCUCGAUGGACAGCCAUCCAACGGGUUUCAGGGACAAAGGCAUUCCCCGUCACCAGAGCAGGCAGAAGCUGCCAACGUCCUGUACAAGUUGCCAGGGUCGUCCGGCGGAGUGCGAGGACACGUUCCUCAUGACGCACCUUUGCCGCAGUCCUGGUUUGCCUCGAACUCGUCUGAACAGGAGAUGCAGCGCACUCACUGGACUUCGUUUGAGAAGACAGAUGCUGAUGGGACCCAGAAGAAGGCUGAAUCACCAUCGUUUGGAGGACGUAUGGCUGAUGCUUUCCAGGUGUAA